UACGGAUACACAUCGCACAUGUCCCAUUGCUCGCGCGUAAACAAAGACGCUGCACCCCCACCAUCGACACGGUCAAGCAGCAGCAGCAGCCGCCCAAGAUGUCUUGGUUUUGGUCCAGCUGCGACGAGUCCGCUUGUGCCGCUGUAAACCCCAACGCUCCAUCGACCGUCGGCCUCCUCUUCUCGCUCCUCCCCUUCCUCCUCACCUUUGCCGCCGUCGCCGCUUUCGCAAACCAAACCAUCUUCCCCAAACUCGCCAAGGUUCACGACGCCCACGAUGGCGAGGACCACUAUCUCCCCUCGCACGCCCCGCCCAGCCUGCGCCAGGCCCACGCCGAACACGGACAAAAGAGCGCGAGGAGGCGCGUCGCGGCGGCCGUGUUUAGCGUCACGAUUGCACUGGCGACGGUGUUGGGCGAGUUGAUACUGAGCGAGAUUUCGGAUCUGGUGAGCAGGCGCGCGAGGGAGGUUGGGUUAAGGGUUACGGUGCCGACGUUGCUUGUGCUGUUGGUGGGCGUUAUACCGUUUCUGGAGAUUCAGAGCGUCGUUUCGGGCGCUGGGUGGAAGUUCCAGCGGAACGGGCAGGGGAGGAUACCGAGGUUCGCGUGGGGUGUGCAGAUGCUCGUGUUUGGCGGGUGGGUGUUUGCGUUUUGGAGCUUGGGGGGCUUGGUCGGGCUUGACAAGACGGCUACGGCGGGUGGAGGGGUGUUGAGGGCUUGUUUGGAGAGGAUUGGCGUUAUUGGGAUCUCGUUGAUGGCGAUGCUGAGCGGGUUCGCGGCGGUUUCGAGUCCGUGGCAUACCCUCGGCGCGGUGUCGGAACGGAGAAAGAGGCCCGUUACGGAGGCGGAUGUUUCGAGGAAGGAGGCUGGGCUGGAUGCCACCAACGAGAUGUUGUUGACGAAACGACAUCGGCUUCAGGCGCUGGAGCGGAAGGCGGCGGAGGCGCAAUCGGGCGGGUCGUCUAGUUCCGGGGCCGGAGGCGGCGGCGGCGGCGGCGGCGGCGGCGGGUUCAUGGGGAAGAUGCUCGGCGCCGUGAGGGGCAUGGGCGGCGGCGACGAGGCGGAGAUGCGCGCUCUACGGCUGGAGAUUACGGGUCUCGAGACGAUGGAGGCGAAUCUGCAUUCCUCGCUGGGCGUGAUGCGCUCGCGGCGGGCGGCGGACGCGCGCGCGGCGACGACGUUGGGUAAAGUGCUGGCUGUCCCGCACUACGUCUUUUCGCUAUACUGCCUCUACCGGAUCCUGGCGACGACGCUGGCGACGUUGCGGAGGGCGUAUUACCCUUCCUCGAGCUUCAGCUCCUCGGACCCGAUUAACCGCUUCCUCGGCCUGCUGGCGCGGCACUGGGACCCGUCCCUGGACCAGAUUGCGUGGGCGCGGCAGAUUAGUUUCUUGUUGAGCGGUGUCAUGCUCGCGGCGAGCGCGAAUAGUGUCUUGCAGACGUUUCACCUGUUUUCCAAGUGGAUGCCAGGCCUGCUGUACCAGGCGCAGGCGAACUUGGCUCUGAUGAUUGGGCAGAUUACGGCCGUGUAUGUUAUCAGUGCGGCGCUGUUGUUACGCAGUAACUUGCCGCGGGAGAUGGGGAGCGCGGUGGGGGAUGCGUUGGCGGGCGCGCUGGAGCCGCGCUUUGUGGAUUGGUGGUUUGAGGGUUGGUUUUUGGCGAGUUGUGGUGUUACUGGGUUGGGGGUGUGGAUUUCGAGAAGGAUUGGGAGGGAGGAGUGGGAUGAGUUUGGGGCGGAGGAGAUGGGUGCUAAGAGAAUGUAGAGGUUCCGACAUCUCGCGAGGAUGUUUGAACUUUCUGGUAUCCAGGUCCCAAGAGCAAGAGGGAUGGAGGAGGAGGAGGAAGUGAGAUGGGCUAUGAGACAUGUUUUGAUAUUGGGGUGUCUGACUAUGAUGGGGAGUUUUGGGCGUGUAUCAAUCAGUAUUAUUAUACCUACGGGUUGGGAUGUUCUAGGACCUUGUACAAUCAUGACUUCUUUACCUUGUUAUCAGACACACAUGUUCUGAUGCUUUGUGUGGAGGCUUUAAACUCGUGAUUGCGUGAAGACAGGUGAGAGGCCAUGUGAGAACACA